AUGGACCUCGACAAGCCUCUCGAGGAGAUGAUCCCGAAGCGCGGUGGCCGGGGAGGACGUUCUGGUCGUGGCGGUGCUGAGCGCAAGCCCCGCCUCUCACAUGACCGGCGUGACGCCGCGCCGUAUGCGCGCCCACCGACGCGCUCAACGGAGGACAAGUGGGUACACGACGCGUUUGAGGGAGGUCGCGGUACGCGAGGUGGGCGUGAGAGGCGCGAUCGUGACCGUGCUCCCGACGCGCCCGUGAGCAGCUCGCCGCGUAUCGAGAUCUCGGGCCUCCACUACGAAAGCAUCUUCGAGCAGGCUGGCACGAUUGUGCAGGGCCCUACUAUUGCCUACGACCGCUCUGGACGUCCCACUGGCACAGCCACUGUCGAGUACACAACCCCACAGAUGGCCAAGAUAGCGAUCAACAAGUUUGACGGAGCAAUGACAAAGGGUCAGACGAUUGCGAUCAAGCUCAUCGCGCCGGCGCGCGCUCCCAAGGCGGACAAGGGCGAGUCGUCGCUCCUCGCCCGACUGGGCGGGGGAUCGCUCAAGGACCGGAUGGGUGGCGACCGUCCGCAGCGCGACGAGCGCGGGCCCCGUCCAGACCGCGCCCCUCGUCAAGAGCGCGGCGGGGACCGUGGUAGAGGAGGACGUGGUCGCGGCGGCAAGCCUCGGCCCGAGCGUCGCAAGCCGGCUAACGCCGACGACCUCGACAAGGAGCUCGACGGAUUCAUGGACAAGCCGGGGGACGUAAAGAUGGCGUAA